UUAGGUUCCCCAACGCGUUUUCCGACAACGCUACGCGAUUUAAGGCCUUGCUUCCCAUCCGUAGGCAUAGCUUGGUGGGAGGGUCUGCCAUGGCAGCCAAGGUAGUGAAGCUGGUUUCUAUUCCGGCAGCGCUGGGAUUGGCCUCCAUUAGAGUGUAUGCUUUAAGUGAAGAGAAGAAGGAGGAACUGUUCUCUCCGGAAGAGCUGUCCAUAUACGCGCCCCCCGCACAGCAGCUACGAUAUGUUAGCGAGCAGCCGGGCCUCCUGCAGAGGGGCUUCGGUGUGGUGCGAGUGGGACUGCAGCCCUACGUCCGGGCCGUUAAGGGCGCCUGCACUGCUGUCAAAGUCGGGGCUGUGAGUAUUUAUCAUGCAGGGCAAGAUACCUAUAACUUUCUGAGAGACCCACCACCUGGCUUUCUUCCAAGGGUUAGUGUUAUCACUGUCUCUGGAUUGGCCGGUCUGAUUCUGGCAAGAAAAGGGUCGCGCCUGAAAAAGCUGGGAGUGCCUCUGGGUUUGGCCACUGUGGGGACAGCCGUGUGUUACCCGUCACAGACAGUGGGGCUGCUGAAGGUGACAGGAAAGAAGACGUAUGCAGCCACACAGUGGACCACCUCGUCUAUUGCCUCCUUGUGGAGACCACGCCCUGCCAAAGAUGCUGUUGCCCCUGCUGGCACUCCUGAGGCUGUAUCGGUCCCAGUCCCUGAACCUGAGGUGGCACUUGCAAAGCCUCAUCCUGAGGCUGAGCUGACAGAACCAGCCCUGCCUCCUGUAGAAGAGCCUGUUUCUCUGCCCCCCUUAGAAGAGACUCCUCCACUGGCUGCUCUGGAGGCUGAGGCUGCUUCUGCCCCAGCACCUGCAGAGGACCUGUCCCCCGUAGAAGAGCUUCCUCCUGUCCCUAAACCUGAACUGGCCCCUGUUGCAGAGUCUGCCCCUGAGCCUGUUGCAGAAACUACCCCUGAGCCUGUCGCCAAACCUACCCCUGAACCUGCCCCUGAGCCUGUGCCCGAGCCUACCUCUGAACCUGUCCCUGAGGCUGAGGCCGAACCUACCUCUGGACCUGUAAUCGAACCCGCUCCUGAACCUGCCCCUGAGCCUGUCGCUGAACCUACCCCUGAACCUGCCCCUGAGCCCAUCACUGAACCUGCCCCUGAACCUGUCGCUGAACCUGCCCCUGAGCCUGUUGCUGAACCUACCCCUGAACCUGCCCCUGAGCCUGUCGCUGAACAUACCCCUGAACCUGGCCCUGAGCCUGUUGCUGAAUCUACCCCUGAACCUGCCCCUGAGCCUGUCGCUGAACCUACCCCUGAACCUGCCCCUGAGCCUGUCGCUGAACAUACCCCUGAACCUGCCCCUGAGCCUGUUGCUGAACCUACCCCUGAACCUGCCCCUGAGCCUGUUGCUGAACCUACCCCUGAACCUGUCACUGAGCCUGUCGCCGAACCUGCCCCUGAGCCUGUUGCGGAACCUACCCCUGAACCUGCCCCUGAGCCUGUCGCCGAACCUGCCCCUGAGCCUGUUGCGGAACCUACCCCUGAACAUGCCCCUGAGGCUGUUGCCGAAUCUGCCCCUGAGCCAGUUGCCGAACCUACCCCUGAACCUGCCCCUGAGCCUGUCGCCGAACCUGCCCCUGAGCCUGUUGCGGAACCUACCCCUGAACAUGCCCCUGAGCCUGUUGCCGAACCUACCCCUGAACCUGCCCCUGAGCCUGUUGCCGAACCUGCCCCUGAGCUUGUUGCUGAUACUACCCCUGAACCUGCCCCGGAGCCUGUUGCCGAACCUACCCCUGAGCCUGUUGCCGAACCUUCCCCUGUGACUGUUGCCGAACCUUCCCCUGUGCCUGUUGCCGAACCUGCCCCUGAACCUGCCCCAGAGUCCAUCACCGAACAUACCCCUCCACCUGCUCCUGAGCCUGGCACUGAACCUACCCCUGAACCUGUUGCAGAACCUGCCUCUGAGCCUGCUGCUGAAGCUGCAACUGAGCCUGCCCCUGAAGCUUCCCAUCAGACUGAACCUACCCCUGAACCAGUUACAGAGCCUCUUUCUGAACAUGCCCCCAAACCUGACCCUGCCCCUGAAACUUCCCCUGAAGCUGUCACCGAACAUAUCCCUGAACCUGUCACUGAAUCUGCCUCUGUACCUCAACCUGCCCCUGAACCCACCCCUGAAUCUGCCCCUCAAAUGGAGCCCAUCACUGAUCCAGCACCUGCUCCAGUAGAGAAGCCUGCAUCCUCAGAGCCACAGCCUGAAGAUGCCCCUCUGACUCCAUUAACAGAAGAGGUAAUGCUUCUGCCUCCUCUCCCUGGUGCCACACCCCCUCCUCCUGCAGAAGUCACACUCCUGCCUGCUCCCUCUGGAGAGGAGGCCACACCCCCUCCCCCUCCAGAGGAGGCCACACCCCCUCCCCCUGCAGAGGAGGCCACACCUCCUCCCCCUGAAGAUUCCACACCCCUUCUCCCUGCAGAGGAGGCCACACCCCCUCCCCCUGCAGAGGAAGCCACACCCCCUCCCCCUGCAGAGGAAGCCACACCCCCUCCCCCUGCAGAGGAGGCCACACCCCCUCCCCCUGCAGAGGAGGCUACACCUCCUCCCCCUGCAGAGGAGGCCACACCCUCUCCCCCAACCCCUGCAGCAGAGACGACCUCUCCUGCCCCUGCCAUUGUAGAGGAGAUGGCACCCCCACCCCUUCCCCUUGUAGAAGAGGCUUCCCUGCUCUCCCCUGGUCCUGCUGAGGACCCUUCCCUCUUGCCUGCUGAUUCCACCUCCCUGGAGCCACUCCCUGUCAUCUCCGAGAAGCUUGGAUUCACCCCUGACCCCAAACUGAUGGACCACGGACAGGCCAGCCCUGAAGACGCUGACCUGUACAGCACGCGUGGCUGAACGCUCAAAGAGGAAAGAGCGGAAGGAAGGGGUCGGGUACUCCGCACCGUUUAUAUCACGCAGCAGUACAUUACGUGUUAUACCGCACCUGAGUUAUGCCUGUUUUAUUAUUAUUGUUUUUUUUCCCCUUUAGUUACUGUGAAUGCCUGCGCGCACACGUUUACUGUCCUACCUUGUCUGUGUUCGUCCGGAGGAGCCCAGGGCUCACAGCCGUGUCUGAAGGGAUCGAUCGUAUAUGUGCCGUUAUUCCAAACAGCUGCCACCCCCGGGUUAGCACUUCUCACUGGUAGUAUCCGUUUAGUCAUGCCUGUUGCAAUUAUUAUUUAUUUUAUUUUUUUUACUGUUGGUACAGGGAACUUUAGCCAGACAUUUUUUGUAUACUCUUUGCUGGGAACAAUUGCCGGUGACAUCUGUUUACUGUUAAUACUUGUCAGGUGCAUGUUAUCUGUUCUGACGCUCAGGCCAGUAACAUCUCUUUACUGGGAGCUUUGGUUGAACAGUUUGUUGUCACUCUUCAUGGUGGAAACGGUGACAAACUUUGGAUCACAGGCUUGUCGGCAGUGUUAGUCGAGUGAGAACAUUUCGCUCUGGAAACUAGCAAACUAGCCAUGAAUGCACCUUAUUACUGUGAACUCUGACCAGUAUAAUAGCUUUCUUGCGUUUAUUCUGGUCAGUAACCUCUUUUUUACAGUUGUUUUUUAGUAUUGCAUAUUUUUGCUGGAACUUUAUAAGCUCAAUGGGAAUCAAGUUUACCGUUUCAACAACGAAUAGCAUCAAGAGCAGGUCUCUCUCUCUCUACAGUCUUAAUGUACAUGAUCUGUGAUGUCUGGUUGAUCAGUUUGUUAAUCUUUUUGUAGCACUCAAAAAGAGACUGAGGGUGGAAUAUGAGAUGCCAUUGUGUAGCACUAUAUGCUGUACAUGUGCUUUUCAUUGAUAAUGCUUACCCUGCUAGGAAGCCGGUUCUCUUUUUUCUGAAGUAUCUCUACAUCUGAAGUCAUAUUGCAGUUUUUUUUCUCAUUCAUAAAUACCUCAUUUCUGAAUCUACAGUUGCUGACAGUGUUACAGGUAGUGUAUUGCAUUUCCUUCGCUGAUACAGAAUUACCUCUCAAUAUUAUGAAUUUCAAUAUCAUGGAUGGCAUGUUCGAUUUGUACUGAUUGAAGGUUGUGAGCACCUGUAUGAAGUGAAAGAACAAUAAGGGAAAUUAAAAGAUUUGAAAGGA